CCGCUUUUCUUCGCAUUUCUUGGAGCUGCCGAUCUAGGCGCUGGGUAGGCGCUAGCUCGGAGUGGGAAGAAUCGCGCGGCGGCAGGCAGGGUUGCUUUGAUCGGCCGCGGCGAUGGUGAAAAUGGACGAGUACGAGAUCAUGGACAAGAUGGAGGAGCUCAAGAAGCUCCAGAAGGAGCAGGAGGCGAUCAAGCUGGAGAAUGCGCUGCUGUCGGAGCAUCUAUCGCGGAUCGUGACGCGCAAGGGCAGUAUGCAAAUCCAUCUGGAAAAUCUGGAAGCCGAAGAGCAGGAAAGAGAGGCCGAGGAGAAGGAAAAGGCGGAUGCCGCUGCCGCCCUUGCGGCGGCGACUGCAGCCGAUGCUACAAAGAGGAGGAGGAGCACGAAGAGAUCGUUUCGGGUUUUCCAGGAGGUCCAGAGGCCCUCCGUCAAGUUCUUCUCGCCACUAAGAGAUUCUCGCAAGCCUCGCGUUCGAGCUCCCAUGAGUCUAGAGGAGAAGCUGGAAGUUGUGGACGACGAGAUUGGGUGUCACAACGAGCAGAUGAACCGGCUGAGGGCCGAGAACAAUCGAGUGCUGGACGAUCUGCGAGCGGUUUUCGAAGAGACUGACUAUGGGAUCAAGGAUCUUGCCAGUGAGAAGAACACCAUUCAAAGAGAUUUGAUGAUCUUGGCGGAGAUCAAUCCUCGUCGAAAGCUCUACACUGAGGAUUUCCUGAGGUUUCAAGGAGAGAAGCUGAGGAAGAAAAGGAACAUCCGGGAAAAGCUCCAAGAGAAGAUUGAUAUACUUCACAUGGAGGUCAUGGACGCGGAGCACCAAUUCUCCACCAAGAGGGAUCUCAAGGACAUUUUACACGUGAUCGACUUUGAUCAGCUCAAGAUCCAGAGGAUUCAGCUGCGAUCGCGUAUUCGUCUUCGGACAAGUGAAGUGUGGAGAUAUAAAGCUUUGAUAAAAAAUGCUGGCGCGUACUUGUGUUUGAUGCAGCUCUUGAUGAAAGCUCGCAAAGAUCUCGAGGAGAAAGUCGAGGAAGGGAGGCGCAUAAGGCAAAGCAUUGUGGACAGAACACCACAGAUCUCGUCUUCGCAGGUGGAGAUCAACGUGGAGAAGAAAAUACAAAGAAGCCUCAACGAGGACAUUCUUCGGCUAAUACAAGAACAAGACGGCCCUCCCCAGCCCCACGUUCUAGAUUACAUGCGAUAUCGUAUCAAAGUAGCGGAGCUGAGGAGAGAGCUCAAGACUUGGCUCAGCAAGGUGGACGUGAUCGAACAAUCGCACAUCCGGCUGAGAAAUCACGUGAGAUACGUCAGGAAACAACGAGACGCGAUUCUUGCUGCAUCACCGGACAUACUAGCGUCACUACCGGAUCGAGGUGCUACUCCUGUGCAACCCAAGCUCGCGCCUGUGAAAGUCAGUCCAAUGCAAACCAGCUUCACUCCCGUCGCAGUUCACGGUUGAUCUAUGGCCAGCCAGUUGCGGGGCUCGCUGUUCAAGGCCAGGAUUGCCGGAGGUGACGACAUACUCAAUAUGCAGACUACAGCAAGAGAAAAUUGAUACACUUGAUCAGAGCCACCAAGAACCAUCCAAUCGUGCAUUGGAAACUUAAUCGUACAGGUAAAAAAAAAUGCUGAAGAAAGUCUUGGCCACGCUUAUUGCCAAGAGCUAGAUAGGUCGGGAGAUCGCUCUCUUCAUCGCAAGUUAACAUCGGGGGUUAUAACUUUCA